UCCAAUCCAAACCAUGAAAACCGACGGCACAACGCCACCGCCGCCACCGCCACCGCCGCCGCCAACAACGAAUAUCGCCGGCGAAACCCCUCCCUCCACCCACCCCAUCCACAAAACCUUAACAUCUGUGGCCAACCUAGCCAACCUCCUCCCGACCGGCACCGUGCUCGCCUUCCGCACCCUAACCCCGUCCUUUUCGAACAAAGGCAUUUGCCAAAUAUCGAACCAAUGCCUCACGGCCGCCCUCGUCGCCCUAUUAUCGAUCACGUGCUUCGUCUCCACGUUCACCGACAGCUUCACAGACAGCCAAGGGCGGCUCUACUAUGGCGUGGCCACGUUCAAGGGGCUUCACAUUUUUAGCUGCGGCGGCGACGACGACGGUGCCGGGAAUCUCGAGGCGCGGCUUUUGGAGACUGAGGAAGCGGCGGCGGCGGCGAAGGCCACGCGGGUCGACCUUUCGAGGUUUAGGGUUGGUGUUGUGGACUUCUUCCAUGCCUUUGUGUCCCUCUUUGUGUUCUUGGCUUUCGCCUUCAGCGACGAUGAUGUUAAGAAAUGCUUCUUUUCUUUCGAGGAUGAGAAUUUGGAUGUUUUGCUUAAGAACUUGCCGUUGGCCGCCGGGGUUUUCUCUGGAUUCUUCUUUACCGUCGUUCCAACGACGCGCCGCGGCGUCGGAUAUGCUGACGUGGCUGCUAAGGUCAAGUGAAGGAAGUUGUGUGAUUAUAUUAUGAUGUUGCUAGUUGCAAGAUGAAGUUUGUGGUUUGUGUCAUGUGGAUAUGUAAGGAUUUCAAUUUGUGGUUCAUUGUAGGUUUAAUUGUUUGUUUUUGUACCAAUGUUUUUAUGUGUAAAGAAAGAAUGUAUUUUUACUCUGAAUCAUGAAAUUAAGAAAUAAAUACUUUUUGUUGAA